CGUGACAAAUAAGUUCCCGCCAGCCAUUUUCCCUUAACCUUCCGUCUUCAUCUCUCUCUCUCCUCCUCCUCCUCCUCCUCCACCUCCACUCGCCCCCAUGAAUUUAAUGUAAUAAUUGGAUUUUUAAUUUUUGUCGGCACUUUUGAAUCUUAAGAUCCCUCUUACCGGAAAGUGAGUGACUGAGUGUGCUGUCUGUCUGUCUGUGGGAGAGAGACAACAGACAGAUGGCGGUUGCUCUGAACGCGCUGCCGUCAAUCGGAAAUGUAACAACGGACUUACAUUCAUCACCGGAUUUAGGGUUUCCGAUAUUUCCGGGGACUAUCGGGGUUCGAUUUGGUUGCAAUUCGGAUCAUCAAAUCCAUAAUAAUAAUAAGAAGAAGCAAUUUGGGGGAAGGGGGAGGUUAAAGAUGGUCAAAGCGGUGGGGAGGAGGGUGGAUGAAACGUCGUCGUUUAGUUACGUUAAUGGUCAAGCAGAUUGUGAUUGUACCAACACCAACGGCUUUCCUAACGGCAAUGGUACAUUACAAAAGCAGAUGUCAACAGUAGAGAAAUCGUCCAACAUCGUAUGGCAUGAAUGCUCAGUCAACAAACACGACAGAGAACAAUUACUGCAACAAAAAGGCUGUGUCAUCUGGAUAACUGGUCUCAGCGGUUCAGGGAAGAGCACAUUGGCUUGUGCGUUGAGUCAUACCUUACACUCGAGGGGAAAGUUUACUUAUGUCCUAGAUGGUGAUAAUGUUAGGCAUGGUCUAAACAAGAACCUUAGCUUUGAAGCGGAAGACCGCGCAGAAAAUAUUAGAAGAGUUGGUGAGGUAGCCAAGCUUUUUGCAGAUGCUGGUGUCAUCUGCAUUGCUAGUUUGAUAUCUCCGUAUAGAAAGGACCGGGAUGCCUGCCGCGCCCUAUUACCAAAGGGCGACUUUAUUGAGGUUUUCAUGGAUGUUCCACUUCAACUUUGUGAAGCCAGGGACCCAAAGGGCUUGUACAAGUUGGCACGAGCUGGAAAAAUUAAAGAUUUCACGGGGAUAGAUGAUCCUUAUGAACAACCUCUAAAUUGCGAGAUUGUCUUGCAACAGAAGUCAGAUACUUGCACUUCUCCUUGUGAAAUGGCCGAAACUGUAGUAUCAUAUUUGGAAGGUCAUGGAUACUUGCAAGCCUAACCAACCUGGUGCAAGACCUCUGUACUUGUCUAUAUCAGAAAUAAACUUAUAAGCCGCGAUUUUUGUGAUGUCAUCAAAUUGGAAACUGCUCGUUUCCUACACCCCUGUAAUUUUAGGCAAGUUCUUUACCCUAACUCCUGUCCCAUGGUAAAUCCAUUUAUUGUAGUUUGAUUUUUCUUGAUUGUGUUAAAAUCUCUUUUGUAGCAUGAGAUUAAGAACAGAGAAUCAGUACUUUUUCUGUAUUUAUGUCAAUGGAACGCAUGAAAUAAAAAGUUUUUCUUUGUGGUUA